UCUCUCGAGUCGAUGACUAAAACCUACUGAUAGAAAACCAGUCACCGUUCUCGAGUCCGCUUGACCGCUGGAGUAGAUCUCUCUCUCUCUCUCCGUCGAUCUCUGAAGGAAAUUCUCAAUACGAAAGUCAGCAGCUAUGUCAAGGGCGCUAUGGAUCUCCAUUGCCGCGAUCUCUUUUCUAGCAAUACUUUGCAGCUCAUUCUCCCCCGAAAGCCCCACUGAUCGUCGGAUUCUGGUCUUGCUCGAUGAUUUCGCGGUCAAGUCCUCGCAUUCUCUCUAUUUCAAUUCUCUCAGAACUCGAGGAUACGAGCUAGAUUUCAAACUUGCCGACGAUCCAAAGAUCGCCUUGCAACGAUACGGCCAGUACCUGUACGAUGGGCUGGUCCUAUUUGCCCCUAAAGCUGAACGUUUAGGAGGAUCAAUCGAUGCAGCUGCUGUGCUCGACUUUGUUGAUUCUGGUCAUGAUUUGAUCAUUGCUGCCGAUACAAAUGCUUCUGAUCUUAUACGAGAGAUUGCUACUGAGUGUGGAGUUGAUUUUGAUGAGGAUUCUUCAGCUAUUGUUAUUGAUCACACUAGCUAUGCUGUUUCACACACUGAGGGGGAUCAUACGUUGAUUGCCAGUGAUCAUUUCAUCCAAUCUGAUGCGCUAUUGGGAAGCAAAAAGAUUGAGGCUCCUGUGCUGUUUCAAGGUAUUGGUCAUUCACUAAACCCAGCCAAUAGCCUGGUGUUAAAGGUUUUGUCGGCAUCUUCUUCAGCGUAUUCUGCUAAUCCUAAGUCAAAGCUGUCUAGUGCUCCUACGCUACUUGGAUCUACAAUCUCCUUAGUGUCAGUGGUACAGGCACGGAAUAAUGCUCGAGUAUUGAUCUCUGGUUCUUUAAGUAUGUUUGGAAAUCGAUUCCUCCAGGCUGGAGUUCAGAAAUCAGGAAGUUCAUUGAAGCAUGCAAAAAGUGGUAAUGAGCAGUUCUUGAUUGAACUUAGCAAAUGGGUUUUCCAUGAAAGAGGCCAUCUCAAGGCUGUGAAUGUUAGACAUCAUAAAGCUGGGGAAGCUGAUGAGCCUUCCAUGUAUAGGAUUAAUGAUGACCUGGAAUACUUGGUUGAGAUUUAUGAAUGGUCGGGCACAAGUUGGGAACCAUAUGUAGCUGAUGAUGUGCAAGUGCAGUUCUACAUGAUGAGCCCCUAUGUUUUGAAAAGUUUAUCAAACAAUGGAAAGGGUCAAUUUUCUACAUCAUUCAAGGUCCCCGAUGUUUAUGGUGUAUUUCAAUUCAAGAUCGAGUACCAGCGACUUGGGUACACAAGCUUGUCGCUAGCAAAGCAGAUUCCUGUUAGGCCUUUCAAACACAACGAAUACGAAAGAUUCAUACCGACAGCUUUUCCUUACUAUGGAGCCUCAUUCUCUAUGAUGGCAGGUUUCUUUAUCUUCAGCACGGUCUAUCUAUACAGCAAGUAAAACCAAGAGUAGCUUUCUCUUUGACUAAAUUUGAAGAUUUGUUCUCGAUUUAUA